AUGGAACCCUGUAUAAUUGUGCAUGGUGGUUCAAGAACGAUACUGGGCGACGAAAAAAAGGAAAAACACAGAAAAGGUGUUCAGCUGGCGGCUAGAAAAGGCCAUGAAGUUCUUUUGAAGGUAGGCUUUAAUGUAUUAGCUUUUUUUGUAUUAAAAAUUAAAGACUAAACUAGAGCAGUUGAUAAGCACAUAUCGAGCCCGCUUGAAUCCCGGGUGGAUCCUUGACCUUGACUUCCCUGGCCUUGACUUAGUUGAGAUAGUCGUGUCACUGAGCCGGCGUGAUUGGUAAUGAUAGGCCACAAAUGGUCCUUUUUCGUCAACAAUGCAGGUAGUCUAAGGAUUUGGGGAGGUGGGAAUCACUACCAAAUGCUUAUACUUUACGUUUCGUUAAGCCAAGAUCGCUGAAAUGUAAGUUCAGCUAUCGAAGCGCUGAUUUAAUUUACGAAAACUCCUCUUCAAUUAUCGUACAAUCGCAGACGAUCGCUGAGAAAUGUACAAAUGUACAGGUAGUCGUCAGUACAUAGGAUCGCUAGUGGCGAUUAGUGAAGAAUACAUGUAAGUCCUUUAACACAAGACCGUGAAAAAGAAAACAGUAUUCAUUGCAGUUAAUGAUUCAGGUUAGCCAUUUUUAUUACGCCAAGAAAAUUUUGAAAAACAAAGUUUGAAAAAGGAAGUGCGACAUUCUUACGUAAUAUUGCGGUUCCUGGCACUAUGACAAGCAAUAUGGAAAAACCACACACCAUAAAAUGUUUUGUUAUGAAGCAGCCUGGUCAUGAAGGAAAAUAUUUUCAUUUUUCUAGAAUUUCCAAUAGACCCUAUCAUGGUUUUUGAUGGCUGAGCUGGUGGGCAAGACAAUACAUUGAUUGUAAGAGACCUUUUGUCAAAUGAUUUUUGUAAAACAUCAAUCCUGAAAAAAGAAAAGAAAGAAAAAAAAAAGAAAUCUUUGAAUUUUAAAAUUUAAAUCUAAAACCUAAGACAUAAUAUUAAUGAAAUUUGAAGUACCCAGAAUUUUACCUGUCUUUUCACAAUUCUUAUGAAAUUUGACAUUUUUUCUCCGGUUCCCGUGAGAAAUUGUCUUUGGUGUUAUUACAGAUAGCUAUAGCCCUUGAAAAAUGUUAUAAAAGAAUGCGAUAUAAAAAAUUAAAAUAAUGUACAUUUCUGAGGGAUUUUUAUCAAAGCUGCUUUGCAAGAUAUUAAGUUUUUUUAGCACCACCUAGUCAUGCCAAAAUAACUUAUCUUGCUGAUUUGUCUAUCUAAAUUAUGGAAGACACGUCACAGUGAGAUCAAAAUUGGCCUAAAAUCAGUCCAAUAUUAAAGUGUUCGGUAUAUUGGUUCUGCAGGGUUAUGUAUUUAUUCCACUGUUGAUCACUGGUUAAACUGUGAGAGGUGCUGGCUAUCCAAUGUUAAACACUGUAGUCUGUAUGCAUGUGAUGUGUACAUGCUGAAGUUUGUGUUGAAUAUACAUGCAGAAUUUCGUAAAUGAAAUGGUUGUUAGCACAAAGGUCCCCAUGUCUGCAUGACGAAAAAAAAGCAAUACUGAUAUUCUGUUUUUUGUACAUGUAUGUAGUUAGUGUUUCCAUUUCACUUCAUUCAAGUUGUAAACACAGAAGUGGAAGUAAAAAUGAGUGCAGAAAUGAGCAGCCAGCCAUGUAUUAUUUCAGAUUGAAGGACUCAAUAAAAGUUUAAGCUACACAGUGAAACCUCACUCAUAUUUUAUCAUACAUAAACCACGAAAUUAAAAACUGGAGUUUCUCAUCACCCCCAGCUAUGUUCCAUGAGAGAGUUUUGUCCGUUCAGUUGCUAGUGUCCUUGGGGAAAAAAGAAACAGUAUGACAAAAUGCACUUUAUUUAAUUUGAGUGUCAUAUCUAUUUAGCAUAUGCUAUAUGCUAUACUUUUGAGGACACUAAUUUUAUGGCAUCAACCAAGCCACAGGAAGCUCUAGCCAUUUGCAGGACAAAGGCACUACCUUCAUUUCUCAGUUAGAACCCUGAAUAUUGGUCCUGAGUGUUGGUCCAGCCCCUGGAAGCGAGCCCACAACCUCUCCGCUCUGCAGUGAAGGACUUUAGUCCAACUGAGCUAAUUCUGCUGCAGUUAUAAGUUGAUUAUAUUUGAAAUAUUUUUUCUGCAGAGUGGUAGUGCCCUCAAUGCAGUAGAGGCAGCUGUGAGGUACAUGGAGGAUAGCCCAAUUUUUAAUGCUGGACAUGGCUCUGCUCUUACAGAGGAGAACACUGCUGAGCUUGAUGGUUUCAUUAUGGAUGGACACAAUUUAGCUACUGGUAAGAUAACAUGUGGCUAUUGUUAAAUAAUGUACAUUUUACCACCGAUUUCCGAUACCUCACCAAUACUUGAUCAAUGAUUCGCCAAUACAUUGCUGACACACUACCAAUGCUAUCUCGACCGACUGUUGGUCAUUACGUGAUCGACAGGAAAAAACCACUCGACUGAGAUAUUGGUUGAUACUUGGCCAAUACUCAACCAACUUUUGACCGACAUCUUGGUCGAGAGCCGAGCGAGUAUCAGCGGACACACCGGCCGAAAUAUCGAUGAACAGUCGACCGAGAUGUCAGCCGAUACAUUGAUUGACAGUCCCUCAAAAGAUACGUGAUCCUACAUGUAUUGGACUACAGUCAAACCUAGACGAUACGGACAUUAAGAGGGCCAUAUUAAGCAGGUUGAAUUUAGGAAAAAAUUAAGGGCUGUCUUUUACCAGGAACAAAGCAAAUUGUCCAUAAUAAAGAGGGUCCAUAUUAAGUGGGUGUGCAUAAAGCGGGUUUGACUGUACUCAUUACCUUGAUAUUAAACUGAUCUGACAGUGUGUAGAUCUUUACUUCUUGCUUUGUGCAAUUAAUUUAUUGCGGAUUCUUGAACCCUUUCCUCCCUCCCUAGAUUGGAAAGUAUUGGCAGUCAAGUGAAUCUUUCCAUUUACCUUCUAGUUAUUAAGUUUGACAGUAUCUGUUUGUUGCUGCUUGCAGGGGUAGUUCCCACUUCCAGAGAUUGCCUGUAGGGAAGAUUCUUUGCUUUUUGUUGCUUUGUACCACUUGCAUCUUCCUGCACCUUGUUUGUAUUGCUUGCUUGUCUGUUAUCUGCAAUUUAGCAUUUACAUGUAUAGCUUGCAAAUGUAAAUCCCAUUUAAUAGGAUAUUAUCAGUUGAAGAGCAAACCUCAAUCUUCUUACAAUCCUAAACCAUGAGUCAGAGCACUUUCCUAUCCCCACACAGUAGCAAGGUAUGUGAUGUCUAGAGUGUCCCAAAAGGAGGGAUGUUAGAGCUGCCAUCAAGUCUAACAGUUCUUGAUUGUGGCUCUUAGCAGAGUUGGUUCCCAUUUCCAGAGAUGGCCAGGGAGGAGAUGCAGGCUCUUUGCUUUUAAAUUGCUUUGUCUCACAUGCAUGCAUCAUUUUGUGCUUUGUCUGUAUUGCUUGCUUGCAGUUUGGCAUUUAAUUAAAUCUCCAUUUGGCAGAAUAUCAGUCUGAUGAGAGCAAAAGUCAGACUACUUUCAAAAUAUAGUAUGUAAACCAUAAGACUCUGCUAUUCCCAGGGCAAGGCAAUGUCUGGAAUACAUUUAGGAAAAUUAGAACUUUCCCAAAAGAAAUAGACUACGAGUAGUCCCCCAUUUUUCCUCAGGCAUAGUAGAGCGAGCGAAACGCGAGCGCACGCCUUUUCUCGCGUGGGGUGAUUUUCACGCCCGCUCCCGUUUCGCUCGCUCUACUAUCCCUCAGGAAAAAUGGGGGACUACUUGUAGUCUACAAAAGAAAGAUGUUGCCAGGAGUUCUGAGGAGUGAACCCCAAAUUUAUUAAAAUUUAUUAAUUUAUUAUUAAAAUUGUUUGUAAAUUUAUGAUUGCUUUCUCUUUCAAAACAGUGGUAACAUCAUUAAUUUUCUUUCCCAUUGGGCAGCUUCUAAUAAGACAUACUAGCCUUGCAGCAUGUGUAUAGUAGGUAAUGGUAUCAAGCAGCACUGAACAUGUUAUACUCUGCCGCAACCUGUGUCUUUCUAUUCUUUAAGGUGCAGUUGCUUGUGUGGAGGCCAUUGCAAAUCCAGUGUCUCUAGCACGAAAGGUCAUGGAAGACACUCCGCACUGUAUUUUGGCUGGUGAAGGUGCUCUGAAGUUUGCCAAAAAAAGUGGAUUUCCCGUUCUUGAAAACCCUCUGGAACUUGCCACAGCUGAAUCCCAUGAGCGUUCUAAAGAAGCAAGCUACUACUUAGGAAAAGCUGGAAAGUGGGUUAAUGCUGAUGCUCCAGAUGUGAAUGGAACCAUCACUGGUCAGGGAUUUGACACGGUCGGAGCUGUAGCUGUGGAUUCAAAAGGAAGACUUGCAAGUGCUACUUCUACAGGUGAAAAUCCUGCGGUCAACUCUCUUGCAAAUUCCUCGACAUCUACACUAUGUAACAUAGACUCCUCUCUCCUCCUAAAAGAGGCUGGUAUUGUUGCUGAGUCAUAUUUAGUGACUCUCUUCAGUCUUCUGAUGGAUCUGCUAAAUCUUGAAGGGCAUGUGUGUAGGCACCAAGAUAUUUUGUUUUGUUGAGAGAUCCAACACCGGCCCUUACCUCAAAGACUGGAACUGUUACUACUCUUCAGAAAAUAUUUCUCAACUAUCAGUCAGCAUUUUUUUGUACAUUGUGCAUCUUUCUUGGGCUGAAAGUCUUUUGACAAUGUAGCAGGCCAUUUGUGUUAAUCACUCCGAGAAGUACAGUUGACUCCCGAUAACUCGAACCCUCGCUAACUCGAACCUCGCGCUAACUCGAACCAAAAUCGAUUUCCCCCGGAUUUCCGUCAUACAUUUACUGUAAUUUUACCCUCGGUAACUCGAACCCUCGAUAUCUCGAAACUCCCGCUAACUCGAAGUAAUUUUUGUUUCCCCUCAGAUCAUUUCUAUAUAAUUUUACCCUCGAUAACUGGAACCAUGUUUUGAGCCCUUAAAAAGUCGGGAAAGAAGAGUGUACUGCCUCGAAACAUUGAAUUUUGAAUUUCCCAUUGACGUGUUGUAGGCAUAUAGUUUACUAGUGGAUCGAUAGUGGAGGCGGAUGUUGUUUGCCACAAAUCUAACGUGAAAUAGCUUACUUCUCAAAAAGUAAAAUGCAUGCUCUAUUUAGGCAACGUUUUGUUACUUAACGUUCUGAUUUAUAAUCUAACAGUAUCUUUCAAUUUUCACUCAACAUUUUUACAAUUAGAUGUGCUUAGAAUACUCACUGUGCAGUAAAAACUGUUUUUUUCCUUACUCCCGGCUAUUUUCUUCGAGCUCCCGAUAACUCGAACCUUUUUCGGUUUCCCUUGAAGGUCGAGUUAUCGGGAGUCGACUGUAGUUUACACUUGGCAGUUCAUAUACAUCUGAAGGUCAAAGGCCAACCUAUAUCUGAAGAAAGCUAUAAAGCGCAGUCAUAGAGUUGAACAAGAAAUACAGUUAUGUACCGAGAAUCAAAUUCAGCUAGAAGUCAGCAUGGGUAGUUAAACUGGAGUCUUAUGGGCAGAUGUAAAGGGUAGCAGUCCACCUUUUGCUCUGAAAUUGUUAAAACUUUAAAGAUUUUUUGAGGAAAAUUUGUAUUCUUUUAGAGUCAUCAAAAGAGAUGGCCAGUCUCUCAGCCCCCUAUUUCCGGAUUUUUUAGAUCUUUCCUUGACUACUUGCAUUGCAAGUUUGGUGCAAUGAUCAUGACUUCUUGUUACCCCCUCCUCCUCCUCCUAAUUAAUUAUUUAUGAAUUAUGUUUUAGGCGGAUUACCCAGGAAGAUGCUAGGAAGGGUUGGCGACACCCCCUGUUGUGGCUGUGGUGGGUAUGCCAAUGCAUCAGCUGCUGCGUCAACCACAGGACAUGGGGAAUCAAUCUUGAAAAUGGUGCUUGCUUGGGAUGUAGUCAGAAAUAUAGAAGAUGGCCUGAACCCCAUGCAGGCUUGUGGAAAAUCUAUAAAUAAAAUGGUUUCCGCUAUUGAUGGUGUUGGUGGUGUAAUAGCUCUUAACAGUGAUGGAGAAAUUGGAAGAGCUUUUUCCUCAAAGCAGUUGGCUUGGGCUUCAAUCAGAGGUCAGGUCCUUAAAUUUGGUUUGGAUCGUGGUGAAGUUCAGGAGGUUCCUCUAUGAUAUUAUUACAUGUAUUUGUGCAUCGAAUAUGAUUCCUUUUAUCUAAUUUUUAAGACAAGAAUCUUUACUUAUUUUUCUAAGAUUUAUCAACAAUACCUUUGUAUUCACUUUUAUACUCCAUCCUUGAAUCCAACUAAGCUCAUCUACUCUACUCUGACUGGUUGGAUAGACUGACUAUAGUCACACUCUUUCAUGCAUGGUUGGUAAUCCGAGGACAAAAUUUUGCAAAUUUGUCAAGGUUUUAUUUAGAAAUUCUAAGCAAAACAACUCCUCCUGAAUUGAAUUAUUUAAAGGUCUCUCCUUUGAAGUCCUAAAAAUAACUUUAGAAUUUCUUUUGUAAUCGCUUUGCUGGUGUUUUUAGGGAGCUUAGCAACAACGACGGCCACGAAAACGUCACUAAAAAAGUAAUUUGUGUCCUUUCAAACUUUUAAUCGCGUUUAUUUGGACCCGCUUAUGGUAAUUUGUCAAAUGUUUUUGACUUUUGCUUGAGUUGAAUUCUUAAGUACUUGAUCCAUGUUCAAAAAGAUAAAGGAACUGAGAUUUGUCGUUUUAUGUCCACGCCCUCCUUAAAACGUCGCAUUAGGAAGUUUCACGUCAUAGUCGUGCAGAGGACGUCAAAGAAAAGUAUUGAAAACGUGCAGAGCUGUUGUUUGGCUCAUAAAACUAUUUGUUGUUUUACAUUGUCGUCGUGGUUGCUAAAGCUAAUCCCUAUUAUUCCCUAUUAUUUUAUUCCGCUAAAUGUCGGAGAGCAUUUGGGAGAAAUCAAAAACUAACUAAUGCAUAUUCUAGAUUUAGUCUGUUUAUUGUAUCUUUGGAUGUAAAGUUGACUUUUUCGAGUCCCAAAUGUAAGUAUCAAUUGAGGAGGAGUCGGUACUCAGCUUUGAUGUUCAGUUCCAUUCUCCUUGAUCAGUCUUCUUUGCUAUCAUUUUGUCCUGAUUUUCAAUCACCUUUCUUGGUUUGUAACAACGUGACAUGGCAGCAGUGUUUAUUGACAAAACAACAGAGCGUUUUCACUUACAGGGCCAUCAUCUAUGCUAAUUUUUUCAGGGGCACCCAACGGCAAUUUUCGGGAAAAUAUCUGUUCGGAAGACGAUUUGAGAUCUAGAAUUUUCGGAGCAUUUGUUGUAAAAUUUCUUGCUUGCCUGCCUCUCCUAGGAUUUUCGAACAAAUACAAAAUGGUAUAAUUACCCAUUUUUAACGUAUUUUGACCCAAAAAAAGGCCACCUAGAAUUUUCGGGAGCCUUUUUCCUGGCUGAAAUUUUCGAGAAGGUAACUUUUUAUCCCAAUAAUUUUCGGAUCACUAGACUUUCAGCUAGGAAAUCCGAACAGAUGAAAAGUUUUUAGGGGAUAAAAAUA